CUCAAUUAUUUUAAAUAUGCCGACCGAUUCGACAAACACUCUGAAAAAGAUUUCGCUCAAAUCCACCGCGAAGGCCUUCAAACCCUCCGCUUCCAAAGCCUCUGUUGCUGCUAAACCUACUGGGCCCCCUGUGGCUGUUCCGCCACCAGGUCCUCAUCAGAACCCACCUCCAAUCCUUCCCCAAGGAGGUAUGAUCAAUAUGCCUCCGAACUACAGAGCUCCUCCACCGGCUCCAGUCGCUGCCGGGUACCCUAGCAGACCAAACAAUGGGCCAGCCUCUUCUUUGGCGCAGUCAACUAUGACUAGGCCAACCAAGGGACUGAAUACCGCAGCCAGGGUUUUUAGUAUGAAGAAGUCAACCAGAGAGUUCAGACCAUCAGCCAAAGCGACUCCAGCAGCUCCAACAAAUACUGAAACAGCAAAGACAGAAGCAGCUCCAAAGGCUAGCACUACAACUUCCUCACUGGGAAAGCCAACACUAAGUAAGGGAAGCAGAUCUUUUAAGCCCAAGGGGCUUAGCCAGACAGUGGAUCCAACCUCUAGACCACCAAUUCCCACUCCAUCUGAGACAUCCAAGAUUCAAACUAGUGCUGUUGAGAAGAAGACACAGGAAACUCCAAAGGAAGAUCUCAAAGAAGUAGCUAAGGAAGAAGAGGAAGAAAUAGAGAAGACUCAAGAGUCCACCACAAAGGACACCUCAUCUCCUACUAAAGACUCAUCCAAGGUACCAGAAGCCUCAAAGGAAGCAGAAGAUGAAGCUAAAGUUGAAGAGAGAAAGACUAAAGUUGAUGAAAAAUCAAAUGAUCCUAUUGCUGUUCUCACACAAGCUAUGAAGGAGACUAAAAAGUUGCCGCUUGAAGCAUUCCUUGCCUUUAGAGAUAAUGAGAUGUGCACUUGUCAGGACGAGGAGCCUAGUUUUGCUAACCCAAUAGUCCUCAACAGACCUUAUGAAGAGAGGCAAUCUGAUGCUUUUAGGAAAGGUAGAAAGGGUAAUUAUAAUAACAGCCACCAUAAAGGAGGAUAUGGUGGAAGAAACAACCAUAACAACUACAACCAAAACCACAAGAGAGGAGGAAGGAACCAUGGAAGACAUAAUGACAGACACGGCAAAGGUAACUUCAGAGGAAACCAACACGGAGGUGGUCUUGUGAGAAACCCCAUCUCUGAAGAGACUAAAGAAAUGAAAGAACAAGCCUCUAAGCUAAAAGAUCGUCUCAAGAAUAUUGAUAAAGGAAAUGUUGAACUCAGAGCUAAGGCUAUCCUCAACAAGAUUACUCCUGACAACAUCAAGUCCCAGAAAUCAGAGUUUUAUAAAGUUUUGAAGGAUUGCUCUACCAGUGAUGAAAGACAAAAGGUUGUCAAGAUAAUUUUUAGAAAAGCCACUUUCGAAGAGAAGUAUGUCUCCAUGUAUGCAUCCCUUAUCAAAUAUCUCGGAGAGACAGAAUAUGAUGAGAUCAACAACCCUGUUGGUGAAGAGAGCAAAGGAGGAAAAUCCGCAGCCAGGAAGGCCAAAGAUAGCCCUCUCAAGAAAGAAGUCGUUGAAGAAUGCAAAGCAUGCUUCUAUGAAUUCUUUGAAGAAAUGAAAAUUGAUGACGUCAAGGAAGAAGAUAGAGAGGAGUUCACCUAUAAGUACAAGAAGAGACUCUUUGGAAACCUUACAUUUAUUGCAGAACUGUACAAGAAGAAGCUUGUUGGUAUCAAUGUACCAAUUGUUGUCCUCAGGACACUCCUAGGUCAAACUGAUGAAGAAUUUGGACAAAAAGCUAAUGAAUUUACAGUUGAAGGUGCAUGCACAUUCUUGAAAAGAGUUGGGUCCAGGUUGGAUAAAGCUACUAAGUCUAAAUCUAAGAAGGGAGGUGAGGAAAGCCCCACUAAGAAGAAAUCUGAAAAGCAUCAAGAAACCUUCGAAAAUAUGCUUGUUGUUCUCAAAGGAUACGAGGAUAAUGAGUAUAGUAAAUCAAGAGUGGGAUAUUUGAUCAAAAAUACCUUAGAAAUGAGAGAAUCCAACUGGGAAAAUAAGGAUAUUAAGGAAGGCCCAAAAACCAAGAAACAAAUCAAGAAGGAUCACCAAGCUGCUAUGAGGGGAGAUGAUGACCUACAUAAGUCCCCUUCAAAGAUGAAUAAGAAGCAUAGUGUAAAGAAAGGAGGAUUUGGAGAGCUUGCAAUGCAGAAGACUGAGUCUAGUAUGUCUAUCAUGAGUGAAUCAGAUAACUACAACAUUCCAAAACCAGUCGAAAAAGAAUAUUCCCCAAGAGAGAUGGAGCAUAUGGAUCACGAAGCUAUCAAAGAUAGAUUCAUUGGUAACUUCGUCGAAUGGAUCCAGACCUCUGAGUAUAACCUAGAGAUGUUCAACAAGCCAGAAAAUAAAACUCCAAAGAGCAAGAUCUUAGAAUUCUUAUUAGACAAGCUCUAUGAUAAGGAAGAAAAGGAUGUCAAAAAGUUCCCUGAAUACUUCUUCCAUUUAUUUGAGAAGAAAAUGUAUGCUAAGAAAGACAUUGAGGUAGCUUUAACUGCAUUCUUCAAGACCAUCCCUGAUAUCGAAGCUGAUUUCCCACAUCUUGCUAAUCUGUACAGUGACUUGCUCUACUUCAUCUUUGUUGAAAAAGACAUCGCUGAUUUCAGAAAAGUCCACAUCAAGAUUGAAUCUGGAGCAGAAGGAGAAGAGCCAGACGUCUUUAUUGAGAUUUACUUCAAGAUCUUUGCAGCUCUUUUGACCAAGAUUCAGGCUAACCUUGGAGAUGAUAAGCUUGCCCAUUACUUCACUCAAUUCAAAGUUUCAGAGACAUGUAAGAUGCUGAAACCCUACAUUCUUGAAGAUGGAUUAUUUGACGAAAUGAUUGAGCAAGGUAUCCCAGAAAAAGUUGUUAGCUUAGUGAACGUUGCUACAGAGUAAUCCCAUUUUUGUAUUUAUUUAAUCGACCAAUUCAGAUUUCC